CGGGAAACGCUGUUUGAAGCUGGAUGGAUGGCAAGCGGCAGCAGGGCCCAGGGGCCGGGGUGCCCCCAAAGCGGGCUCGAGGGGGCCUCUGGGACGAGGAGCCUCCGCCGUCCCACUUCGAGGAGGACCUGGCGCUGCUGGAGGAGAUAGAAGCUGAGCACAGGUUGCGGGAGCAGGAGGAGGAGGCGCUGCAGCUGGCCGUGGAGCGGGCCACCGACGGGCAGCUCUCCACAGCCACUGACCCCCGCUGGUUUCGGCCUCCCCCACCCCCGCUGGACCCUCAGACGGAGCCCCUCAUCUUCCAGCAGCUGGAGAUCGACCACUAUGUGGGUUCAGCACGGCCCCUGCCAGGGUGGACUCCGCCGUCCAGCAGCCACGUGCCGGUGCUGCGUGCCUUCGGGGUCACUGACGAGGGGGUGUCCGUCUGCUGCCACAUCCACGGCUUUGCGCCCUACUUCUACGUCCCCGCGCCGCCCGGGUUCGGGGCUGAGCAUCUGGCGGAGCUGCAGCGGGAGCUGAACACGGCCAUCAGCCGAGACCAGCGCGGCGGCAAGGAGCUCAGUGGGCCGGCCGUGCUGGCGGUGGAGCUGUGCUCCCGGGAGAGCAUGUUUGGGUACCAUGGACACGGCCCCUCGCCCUUCCUGCGCAUCACCUUGGCGCUGCCCCGCCUCGUGGCACCCGCGCGCCGCCUCCUGGAGCAGGGCGUCCGCGUGGCGGGCCUGGGCACCCCCAGCCUCGCGCCCUACGAGGCCAACGUGGACUUCGAGAUCCGGUUCAUGGUGGACACCGACAUCGUGGGCUGCAACUGGCUGGAACUCCCAGCGGGAAGAUACGUCCUGAGGCAGGAGGAGCAGGUCACCCUGUGCGCGCUGGAGGCCGACGUGCUGUGGUCCCAUGUGGUCAGCCACCCCCCUGAGGGGCCGUGGCAGCGCAUCGCACCCCUGCGCGUGCUCAGCUUUGACAUCGAGUGCGCAGGCCGCAAAGGCAUCUUCCCUGAGCCCGAGCGGGACCCCGUGAUCCAGAUCUGCUCCCUGGGCCUGCGCUGGGGCGAGCCGGAGCCCUUCUUGCGCCUCGCACUCACCCUUCGGCCCUGUGCCCCCAUCCUGGGUGCCCAGGUGCAGAGCUUCGAGCGGGAAGAGGACCUGCUCCAGGCCUGGUCUGUCUUCGUGCGCACCAUGGACCCUGAUGUGAUCACCGGCUACAACAUUCAGAACUUUGACCUCCCCUACCUCAUCUCUCGCGCCCAGACCCUCAAGGUGAAGGCCUUCCCCCUGCUGGGCCGCGUGGUUGGGCUCCCCUCCAGCCUGCGGGACUCUUCGUUCCAGUCGAGGCAGAUGGGCCGGCGGGACAGCAAGGUGGUCAGCAUGGUGGGCCGUGUGCAGAUGGACAUGCUGCAGGUGCUGCUGCGGGAGCACAAGCUACGCUCCUACACGCUCAACGCCGUGAGCUUCCACUUCCUGGGCGAGCAGAAGGAGGACGUGCAGCACAGCAUCAUCGCAGACCUGCAGAACGGGAAUGACCAGACGCGCCGCCGCCUGGCCGUGUACUGCCUCAAGGACGCCUACCUGCCGCUGCGGCUGCUGGAGCGGCUCAUGGUGCUGGUGAACAACGUGGAGAUGGCGCGCGUCACCGGCGUGCCCCUCAGCUACCUGCUCAGCCGUGGCCAGCAGGUCAAGGUCGUGUCCCAGCUGCUGCGGCAGGCCAUGCGUGAGGGGCUGCUGAUGCCCGUGGUGAAGACGGAGGGCAGCGAGGACUACACAGGAGCCACUGUCAUCGAGCCCCUCAAGGGAUACUACGACGUCCCCAUCGCCACCCUGGACUUCUCCUCGCUGUACCCAUCCAUCAUGAUGGCCCACAACCUGUGCUACACCACGCUGCUGCGGCCUGGGGCCGCCCAGAAGCUGGGCCUGGACUCAGACCAGUUCAUCAAAACACCCACGGGGGAUGAGUUCGUGAAGAUGUCGGUGCGGAAGGGGCUGCUGCCCCAGAUCCUGGAGAACCUGCUCAGCGCCCGGAAGAGGGCCAAGGCUGAGCUGGCGCAGGAGACUGACCCCCUGCGGCGGCAGGUGCUGGACGGGCGGCAGCUGGCCCUGAAGGUGAGCGCCAACUCCGUGUAUGGCUUCACAGGCGCCCAGGUGGGGAAGCUGCCAUGCCUGGAGAUCUCGCAGAGCGUCACGGGGUUCGGACGUCAGAUGAUCGAGAAAACCAAGCAGCUGGUGGAGUCCAAGUACACGGUGAAGAACGGCUACAGCACUGACGCCAAGGUGGUGUACGGUGACACGGACUCCGUCAUGUGCCGCUUCGGCGUCUCCUCCGUGGCCGAGGCGAUGGACCUGGGGCGCGAGGCCGCAGACUGGGUGUCAGGCCACUUCCCACCGCCCAUCCGGCUGGAGUUCGAGAAGGUCUACUUCCCCUACCUGCUCAUCAGCAAGAAGCGCUACGCUGGCCUUCUCUUCUGCUCCCGGCCCGACGGCCACGACCGCAUGGACUGCAAGGGCCUGGAGGCCGUGCGGAGGGACAACUGCCCACUGGUGGCCAACCUUGUCUCGGCCUCCCUGCGCCGCCUGCUCGUUGACCGAGACCCCGAGGGCGCCGUGGCCCACGCCAAGGACGUCAUCUCGGACCUGCUGUGCAACCGCAUUGACAUCUCCCAGCUGGUGAUCACCAAGGAGCUGACCCGCGCAGCGGCCGACUACGCGGGCAAGCAGGCGCAUGUGGAGCUGGCCGAGAGGAUGAGGAAGCGGGACCCCGGCAGCGCGCCCAGCCUGGGUGACCGUGUCCCCUACGUGAUCAUCGGCGCUGCCAAGGGCGUGGCCGCCUACAUGAAGUCAGAGGACCCCCUAUUCGUGCUGGAGCACAGCCUGCCCAUCGACACGCAAUACUACCUGGAGCAGCAGCUCGCCAAGCCCCUGCUGCGCAUCUUCGAGCCCAUCCUGGGCGAGGGCCGCGCAGAGGCCGUGCUACUACGCGGCGACCACACGCGCUGCAAGACCGUGCUCACGGGCAAGGUGGGCGGCCUCCUGGCCUUCGCCACACGCCGCAGCUGCUGCAUCGGCUGCCGCACGGUGCUCAGCCACGAGGGAGCCGUGUGCAAGUUCUGCCAGCCUCGGGAGUCAGAGCUGUACCAGAAGGAGGUGUCCCACCUGAACGCCCUGGAGGAGCGCUUCGCACGCCUGUGGACGCAGUGCCAGCGCUGUCAGGGCAGCCUGCAUGAGGACGUCAUCUGCACCAGCCGGGACUGCCCCAUCUUCUACAUGCGCAAGAAGGUGCGGAAGGACCUGGAGGACCAGGAGAAGCUGCUGCGCCGCUUCGGGCCCCCUGGCCCCGAGGCCUGGUGACUGCAAGCACCCACGGAGGGUUAAUAAAAUUCCAGCCUUUUGCCA